UUGAGUUGAAUUUUAACUCAAACUCAUACUUCUAUAUAGAAUUUCUGAUUUUUAAUCUUAAUUUUCUAGUUGUUAAGUCCCGGUCCUACAGUUGAGCUGAGUUGAACUAGUUGAACUACUUCUCCAAGUAGCGUCAAAAACAACUUUUAUCAAGUGUUUGUGUUGUUCUGAAACACUUGUAAGAAAGUUAGAACAUAUUAGAGUUUGGUCCCGACUCAGCAUUUGUCGCAGUACACGCAGCAUCCUCGCUGAGUUGCCACGGCAACUGCGUCAGUCAGCUACAAAUCUGGGAUCAUAUGUACAUAGAAGAAUACAUUGAAGAAGAUGAGGAACCACCUUUGCUGCUCAGCUCUCGUCCUUCUCACGGUGUUUGGCUGUGGUGGGACUGCAGCAGUGCAGUGUCGGUGGGGAAAAGGGUGUGUGUGUCUGCAAUGCCCUGCUGGCCAGGAGCCCUCCAAGUCCUGUGGGCAGAUCCAAAGUCCAGCAGAGGAAGUGCAAUGCCGGUCGUGUCCGACAGGAACCUUUUCCGAUUCAUUCAACUCUGAACUUUGCCGCCCGCACGCCUCCUGCAAGAUCCUCAGCAGAAAUGUAGCAACCCCUGGCACUGUGACCUCUGACGCUGUCUGUGGAGACUGUCUGCCUGGGUUUCACUUCACUGCCACAGGAGAUAUUUCUACCCAAAAUCCCUGUGUGAAAACAUCUUCGCACGUCAGAACAGUCCGCACGGUGGGUAAAGGUCCAUCUAGCGGUGCAGGAGGACCAGUCAACGGCACAGUCGUGCGCAGCGCUGAGGAGAAGACGGCAGAGUACGCUGUAUUUGCUUUGGUGCCCAUCUUCUGCGUGAUGGGCCUGCUGGGUAUCCUCAUCUGCAACAUCCUGAAGAAGAAGGGAUACCGCUGCAGUGCUGACAAGGAGGGAGGAGAUGAAGAGACCGCCACACCACAGAAAGAAGGUAACGGUUGUCCCUACAUAUCUGACGACCUGAAUGAAGACACCAUCAGUGUUCUGGUCCGCCUCAUUACAGAGAAGAAAGAAAAUGCUGCUGCACUAGAGGAACUGCUGCUGGAGUACGAGAGCAAACAGAUGGCCCUGAGCAAAGGCUCGUCAAUCAAGUUCCCGAUACUGUCUCCUCUGUCCACGUUCCGCUCCCUCCCUAGGCUCUGUCCCCAUCAGUCCCACCUACACACCAUCUCCGGCCUCUCUGGCUUGGCCCCCAAACAUGGCUACCGGUGCUCCCGCUGCGCCCAGAGAAAAUGGCCCCCUGUCCUCAUACCACCUCUGGAUUCCUUAAAAGAUCCCCUGAAGCCCCCGCAGAGCCUCAUCCUGCCCUCCCUGGACCAGCAGAAGAGCCCCCUGCUGGAAGCAAUGUUUGUCGACAUGCACCGUACGCAAGCUGUUGUGCCAAAUACUGUACAGGAAAAAGUGGAGGGGAGCGAAGUGAAGGAGAAGAAGGAGGGAGAGCUGACAGUGCUUUCUGUGGGGAGAUUUCAAGUCGCUCAGAUCCCCGAGCAGAAGCCCAUCACUGUGGAAACCAAGACAUCAUCCCAGGAGCAGCGUAAUUCCCUCUUUGGUGGAAAGCCCUUCUCUUCCUCUUCAUCAUCAGGCAUCAGGAGGUGAAGAGACAGAGAGAUGCUCUACGAUAACACUACCUCGCUGAAGAUGACCUCAUCAUCCACUGACGACUUGACAGCCGGCAUGGAGGGUGUUUAUAGACAACCGACACCAAGAAAUUACAAGAACCACCUCCUGCUGGAAGAAGUUGUUUCCAGUUAUGCGAUAAGAGGAAGAUAACUGUAUUUAUCAUUACAUUAAUAAUUAUUGUACUUUGCAGAGGGAGCCACUAAAUUAACAGCUGGUACAGAUUGGCUCCACUGUCCCAAUCCAAAGACAAACUGUUCUAAAAAGCCUGUUGGAUACACACUCGGAAAGUAUGGAGAAGUUUCUAGUAUAACUUUGGAUUAAUUAUCAAUAUCCGACACUAGAGGGAAGGAUGAGAGGGAUAAAACAAAGGAAAGAAGUUUGGAUGAUACACAAAUGCACUCUCAGCCCCUGUAUUUGUGAUUCCUACAAAAAUAGACACGGGGUACGACACACAUCUGCAUGCACUCACUCAUGAUAUAAAAAAUACAUGCUUAGUCUUCCCUGCAUGCAGUGAAGAGGACAAAUAAAACUGAGGGAAAAAAACUGUGGAAUACAUUACUGAGAAAGAACACAACUCAAACAGAAGUGAGACUCAUACUUAUAAGUGUGUACUUUUAAAAAAAAGGGGAAUACAUUCUUCUAAGCGAGGUAGUCUGCAACACAGUGCCACAUGAUCCAUAGUAUGACUGUCACGUGACACUGGGUUAAAGACUACAGUAGCACUACAAUAAGUAUUACUUAUUAAGGAAAAAUGUUCAAUAUAAUUUUGAUGUUUCAAAUCUAUUUUUUUAGAAGUUUAGUGAUUUUGAUGAUUUCUGUUGCUUCUGCUCACGUAAGUGAGUUGAGGUUUUAGACCUUUAAAAAUGUUGAAUGUAGUCUUAAUAAAGGUAGCUCACUGAGUUCACUUGAACUUAUUUUGACAGUUUGAGAAAUAUGAACUCAGUAAUGUACGCCUGCCCACAGUCAGCAUUAAUUACAUUUGUAACUUUUAAGCUCUAGAUCCAAGUAGGUGAUCUGGGACCAAAAUUCGUUCUUAGAGGGGGCUCCAUAUCACAGCAUUUUUUUAAUGACACUGCAUCCCAAUGGCAGUUAUAUGGGUCCUGGGGUGAGAAAGUAGAUAGGUAGAUUUCACUUUUGUAGAAAAAAAACCUGUAAAUAAAUGUACAUAUGUAAAUAUGGGUGGGUAUAGAGAAACAGAUACCUGGCUUUUAUAAUUUGAGCGCACUGGAUGUAUGAGGUGAUAUAUUAGAUCUCCACUAAAGGUAAAGACAAUUGCACUGCAGCACUGUGUGACAUCUCUAAUCCAUCAAUCAAUUUUCACAUUCAAAUCAUAAACUUAAAAAACCUGAAGUUCCACAGACACACACACACACACACUCUGUUUUCACAGUUUAAUUAAAUAAACCAUCCAGUGGCUGCAGAGGAUUAGUGGUCGAGAUGCCUCAAAGUCAUGCAGCUCACUUGGCUUUAGUUUACAUCCUCAUGGGUUUUAAAGAGUGUACUAUAAUCAUAGAGGUUUUUAGCUAGUCAUUUUCAUAUUUCUUAUUAUGUUAGUUACAAGGAAUAUGACAACAUGUCUAGAGGAUGGGAUAUUUAUUGGUUGAAGCAGUUAUAUGUUUUCUUUUGAUCUGUUUUUAUUGCUAUGAUUAGGAUUAUUAUUGUUUUCAAGCUGAGGUGUUGCUGGUAGAAAAGAAGGACAAAGAAAGAACAUUCAUCUCAUCAACUUUGUAGAUUGCAUUUAUAAUAUUACAUUUUUCUGUAUGAUGUUUUUACUCUUGAAAUAAAGAAGAGUUGUAUUUUAAA